AGAGACUGAGAGAGGGAAAGAGUGAAAGAGACCGAGAGAGGGAAAGAGAGAGAGAGGGAGGCCAUGACGGUGUUUGUUUGAGAGAGGGCGUGCUCCAAACGCCUGUCUGCGAGUGAUAUCGGAGGGCUAGACGGUCGUGUUUAACCCAGAUCCCCCACACGGACCCCUGUUUGGGAUGCAACGGGAGGCGUUUCCCCCCCUCCCCUCUCUCCUCCUCUUCUUCCUCCUCGUGCUGAUCACUGAGUAAAUGAAUGAAUGAAGCAGGUGGAAGCCAACAGGCGGGUUGAGUCCUCCAUGGCUACCAGCACUGCCAGCAAUUCUAACCGGAGCACGCCUGCUUGCUCGCCCAUCCUGCGCCAUCGUUCUCGCUCGCCCACGCCCCAGCAGAGCUUGGAGCACAGUGGUGAGAACAUGGUGGAGAAGGGCCACUUGGACCCCGCCUGCGACAAGGACAAGUCCCCCUCCACCCCAGAGCAGGUGGUGCAGCGCACCUACAGCCAGUCAGGACAGUCCGCCACACGCAGCAGUGGGAGCAAGAACUCCAAGAAAAGCCAGAGCUGGUACAAUGUAUUGAGUCCCACGUAUAAGCAACGCAAUGAGGACUUUAGAAAACUCUUCAAGCAGCUACCUGACUCAGAACGUCUCAUCGUGGACUACUCCUGUGCCCUGCAAAGAGAUAUCCUGCUGCAGGGGCGCCUCUAUGUCUCAGAAAACUGGAUUUGUUUCUAUAGCAACAUCUUCCGCUGGGAAACGCUGCUGACAGUCCGACUGAAGGAUAUCUGCAGCAUGACCAAGGAGAAGACGGCCCGCCUCAUUCCCAACGCCAUCCAGCUGUGCACUGACAAUGACAAGCACUUUUUCACCUCGUUCGGCGCAAGGGAUCGGACAUACAUGAUGAUGUUCAGACUAUGGCAGAAUGCUCUGCUAGAAAAGCCCUUGUGUCCCAAAGAGUUGUGGCACUUUGUCCAUCAGUGUUAUGGUAAUGAGCUGGGUCUGACCAGUGACGACGAGGACUACGUGCCGCCAGACGAUGACUUCAACACCAUGGGGUACUGCGAGGAGCUGCCCGUGGAGGAGAACGACGCCAAUGACACUACCACCCUCGCCAAGACGCCAGACGCCAAGGGCGACACCAGCCCCCUGUUGUCCCGCAGAGUCUUCCCCAACAACGCCCUGCCCUGCCCGGGCACCAUCGACCCUCUCCUUCCCUUUGAUUUGGCCGCCGUGGACGAUUUCCCCCUUUGUCUCCCUGAUGGCGAACUCCUGGCCCUCCAGUUGCCGGUGUUGGACAACCGGAGCAGUGGUCACAGCAGUCCCGCCCCCUCGCCCUCGCUGGACUUCAACGACAAUGAGGACCUCCCUACUGAGCUCAGCGACUCCUCCGAGACGCACGACGAAGCAGGGGAGGUGCAGGCCUUUCAUGAAGAUCUGAAUGGGAAGCAGUACAUAAACGAGGUGUACGAGUUCAGCGUUGACAAGAUGUACGACAUCCUCUUCACCGAGUCCACCUUCAUGAGGGACUUCCUAGAGCAGAGACGCUUUUCAGACAUAGUAUAUCACCCCUGGAAGAAAGAGAAAGAGUCAGGCAACCAGACCAGAGAGAUCAUGUACACCGUCUCCCUCACCAACCCCCUGGCCCCCAAGACAGCCACCGUCACUGAGACUCAGACUCUGUACAAGGCCAGCCAGGAGAGCGAGUGCUACAUCAUAGACGCUGAGGUGAUAGCACACGACGUCCCCUACCAUGACUACUUCUACACCCUAAACCGCUACAUGCUCACCAGGGUGGCCAAGAAUAAGUGUCGGCUAAGGGUAUCCACAGAGUUGCGCUACAAGAAACAGCCGUGGGGGCUGGUCAAAGGCUUCAUCGAAAGGAACUUCUGGAGCGGCCUGGACGAGUACUUCAGACACUUAGAACUGGAGCUGAGUAAAGUGGAGGUGGUCCUGGCCGAGCCCCAUAGACAGUCCCCCAAGGCCAGGGCUCUACGGGCAGGGGCGUUGAGGCGACGGAAACGGCCCCUGGUCCACCUGCGGCCCCCCCACAUGGACGAGGCCCUCAGCCCCGUCACCACGCCCGAGGACGAGGAGGAGGUCACCCGCCACCAUCGCAUCAAACACGUGGCAGGUUCCACUCAGACCAGACACAUCCCAGACCAUGUCCCGGGGGGCCUAGCGCUCUACAGCGUCUCCAAGCUUCUCCUCAUGAUCAGCUUUGUGAUCUGUAUAAGCCUAAUAUUGCUGGUGUUUCUGAACAUGAUGCUGUUCUAUAAGCUGUGGAUGCUGGAGUACCACACACAGAGUCUCACCUCAUGGCAUGGCAUACGACCACAAGAAAGUAAACUGCCCCAGACCCAGUUGGAGUGGGCCCAGCUCCUGGAGUCGCAGCAGCGUUACCAUGAUGACGAGCUGCAGAAAUGGAAGGAGAUCAUCAAGUCGUCGGUGAUGUUGCUGGAUGAGAUGAAGGACUCGUUACUAAACCUGCAGAAGGGCAUGGGCUUAAAGAACUAUAACUCUGAAUCGGAGGAGAAAAGGAGUCGAUAUCACUGAGAAACAAUCCCAAGGCCACCAGCCGGGACGUUAUGUGCAAUAUCUAACCAACCAUUCAUGGGAAGUCUGGGAAAAUAAAAGAAGGAUGUUCUAUUGCAAGGUGGACAGGGCCGCUCUCCCACCGCCGACCUCUGGCAGGAAGUGACCUCAUCACCACCAGGGUCGGAGUGGGACUGCCGCCAUCUGCACCGUUGCAUAAUGGGAAAAGACAGCAGUGCUGUGAUGGUCCUUGUUAUCUGGGAUCCUUGGGACGUCCCUACCCCAUUGAAGUUGACAUUUUAAAUGGUUUAAGGUAAGGGUUAAGGUUAGGUAAAUGUUAUGGCUAAGGUUAGCGUUAGGGGUUAAAGUUAGGGAUUAGGGUAGGGACGACCCAAGGAUCCCGGGAGAGCACUAACUGUGCCGUGACCCACCUUGGCCUGAACUCUGAACUUUUUAUCACCUCGUUUUCCGAGAAUAUCGUACUGUAAAGUUUUUGUUUGUUUUUUGGGGCCAUGUACGGACAUAGAAGGGAUGGCGUGGGUGAAAGCAUGCAAUUUCUUGUCUCCGUCGGAAGAAAAAAAAAGACGUUUCUGGUGGAGAUGUGUAUUGAAACCUCUGCGUACUCUGUCUCAGGAGAGAGAAAAAAAAGAUCCAUAGCCUUUUUAGACUGGUUAAGGGGUUACUCCAUAGCCUUUUUAGACUGGUAAAGUGGUUAGUCCAUAGCCUUUUUAGACUGGUAAAGUGGUUAGUCCAUAGCCUUUUUAGGAACUCUUGGACAAAGUUGUGGCGCUGCAGUAUCCUUUUUUGAACAGACCUUUGGACUCUGGGACCAAGUUACGACCGUCCCGGAACCAUAAUCAGCGUGCAGUGUUUCAACACAACCAAUCAUUUCUAGGAUAGAACCACAAAGAAUCAAAGUAUAUUAUAUUAUAUUAUAUUAUAUAUAUAAAAAAUA